GCCCCGCCCCACCGUGUAGGCGCAUGCUCGGUGCGUUCUUCCACAUUCGCUCCGCUGCCGCCGAAUUUAAAGAGACAGGAGACAGUUUUUAAAAAUAACAUUUACAAACUGAAAAUCCGGGAGUAGUCUUUCUCUUCUAUGCUUUUUUAGUUCUUCAGCUCUCCCCCGCUUUCUCUGGACCUUUUCUGGUUAGUAAAGCCGUGCUUUAAACGCUGUAGUGGUUCCUCUCUUCAGUUUGAGCACAGCGGUCCGCUCUGCCGCUGCUGGCCGGGGUUGGAGGCACUCUGCGCGGUCUGAGCGGCGUGGGCGCUCCGCUGUCUGGAGCGCUUCCCUUCCCUGCUUGUUUUUUUCCCCUGCCCUGCUUGUUUUGUGGGCAGAUACGGAGGGAGAACGUGUGUCUUCGUGUGUGUAGCUGUUGGGGACGAUGGCGAAAAUCCAGGCUCACAGCAGCACCAAGCAGAUCAACCCAAUAAACCAGGACAAGGCCUUUUUGAGCGCCCAGAAACAGCAGCAGCAGCAACAACAGCAGCAGCACUUCCAGAAACUAAAGGUUGAAGAUGCGUUAUCAUAUUUGGAUCAAGUCAAAAUCCGGUUUGUUAAUGAACCGGGGAUAUACAAUAAAUUCCUGGACAUAAUGAAAGAGUUUAAGUCUCAAAGUAUCGACACUCCUGGUGUGAUAAACCGUGUCUCCCAGUUAUUCCAUGGACAUCCAGACCUGGUAUUGGGCUUUAACGCCUUCCUGCCUCCAGGAUACCGAAUCGAAAUACCCAAGAAUGGCAUGGCCUUCCUUCAGUCCCCCUUCACUGCACAGGUUUCUCCAGGUAAAGGAAAAAGCAGCUCCACCUGUGUGGGCAGCGUGUCGUCGUCGUCUUCUUCAUCAGCAGCUGUGGUGGAGGUCAGCUCGGCACAGAGCGAACCUGUAGCGUCUCCUCAAAGCGCCUCACCAACGGGCCCCCCGGAACCUUCUGCCAGACUGGCAUUGCCACUUCCCAGCCAAUCACAGCCUGCCACCUCGUCCGUGUCUCCGCCCACUUCAGAACCCAGUCCUGUGGAGUUUGACAGCGCCAUCAGUUACGUGAACAAAAUCAAGAGUCGAUUUCUGGAUCAUCCGGAGAUCUACAGGUCCUUUCUGGAGAUACUGCACACCUAUCAGAAAGAACAGCUGGAACUGAAGGAGAACAGAAGCAGGAGCAAUUUGGGAAUGACAGAGGAUGAAGUUUUCUCUAAAGUGGCCAGUUUGUUCAAAGGACAGGAGGAUCUUCUUGCAGAAUUUGGACAAUUCCUGCCUGACGCAAAGAGAUCAUUGUUCACCAGUGGCUCCCUGACAGGGAAGGAGCACGUGAAGAAGUUGGAGGAGGAUGAUCUCAACAAACAGACCAAAAAACGGCCCCGUCCUGUCCUGCUGCCCCACAUGACCCCACUGCUGAAGAAGAAGAUGAAGUUCUCCUGCUCUAAAGAUCAGUCAUUUGCUUCAGUGGGAAAGCAUGGAGUCCUGCGCGAGUUCACCUUUUUUGAUAAGGUGCGGCGUCUGUUUAAGAGUCAGGAGGUGUAUGAGAACUUCCUGCGCUGUAUUGCUCUGUUUAACCAGGAGGUGGUGUCGGGAGCGGAGCUGCUGCAGCUCGUCACGCCUUUCCUGGGAAAGUUUCCUGAGCUGUACACCCAGUUUAAGUCGUUCUUGGGAGAGAAGGAGCUGACCCACUCGGUUUCUGGCCUCUCGGAUCGCUAUAUGGAGGGCGGGGGCCGGGAGGUGGAUUACGCUUCCUGUAAAAGAUUGGGCUCCAGCUACAGAGCACUGCCCAAAACUUACCAGCAGCCCAAAUGCAGCGGCCGCACCGCACUCUGCAAAGAGGUGCUGAAUGAUACCUGGGUGUCAUUCCCAUCCUGGUCGGAGGAUUCCACUUUUGUGAGCUCCAAGAAAACGCCUUAUGAAGAGCAGCUCCAUCGCUGUGAGGACGAACGGUUUGAGCUGGAUGUUGUUUUGGAGACCAACUUGGCGACCAUUCGAGUUUUAGAGAGUGUUCAGAAAAAACUGUCCCGCCUUUCUGCGGAGGACCAGGACCGCUUCCGAUUGGAUGACUGCUUGGGCGGCACCUCUGAGGUCAUCCAGCGGCGUGCAGUGUACCGUAUAUAUGGGGAUAAAGCACCGGAGAUCAUUGAGGGGCUGAAGAAGAACCCGGCUACUGCAGUACCUCUAGUACUGAAGAGGUUGAAAGCGAAGGAGGAGGAGUGGAGGGAAGCACAGCAGGGGUUUAAUAAAAUUUGGCGGGAGCAGUACGAGAAAGCUUACCUCAAAUCUCUGGACCACCAAGGGGUCAACUUCAAACAGAACGACAUGAAAGCCCUGAGAUCCAAGAGUCUACUCAACGAGAUCGAGAGCAUUUAUGAUGAGCGUCAAGAGCAAAGCACUGAGGAGGGAGGUGUGGGUCAGCAGGGACGAGAGGGGGCCGGAGUGGUCACUGAGCCCCACCUGGUCUUCACCUACGAAGAUAAACAGAUCCUGGAGGACGCCGCCUCGCUCAUCAUCUACCACGUCAAACGCCAGCCCACCAUUCACAAGGACGACAAGGAUCACAUCAAACGCAUCAUCCAGCACUUCGUCCCCGACCUGUUCUUCUCCCGCCGCGGAGAGCUCAGCGAGACCGAGGACUGGACGGACGAGGAGGUGGAGGGAGAGGAAGGCGGUGGUUCCACAGGUGGAGGAGGAGGGGGAGGAGGCAUGUCUGCAGGAGCCGCAGGGGGCCAGCAGCAGCUGAACGGCGAGGCCAGACGGAAACGCUGUAACUCCGUAGACGGGACGCGGGAUCCGCCCCCUCAGGAGGAGCGGUCGGAGGAGCAGGAGCAGCAGAAGGAGCUGGACGGAGUUUAUAAUCUGUUUUUCGUUAAUAACAACUGGUAUUUCUUCCUGCGGCUGCACCAGACACUGUGCUCACGAUUGCUGAGAGUUUACCGGCAGGCUGAGCGGCAGCUGCUGGAGCACCGAGCUGAACAGAGCGCAGAACGUCUCCUGGUGGCUGAGGGACGUAGGGACAAGGCAACGGACCUGGCUAUGGAGCUACGGCUUAAACAGCCCAGUGAGGUGGAGCUGGAGGAGUACUACCCUGCGUUUUUGGACAUGGUGCGCAGUCUGCUAGAUGGUAAUCUGGAGUCCACGCAGUACGAGGACACGCUGCGGGAAAUGUUCACCAUUCACGCCUACAUUGGCUUUACCGUCGACAAACUCAUCCAGAACAUUGUCAGACAGCUUCAGCACCUCGUGAGUGAUGAGGUGUGUCUGCAGGUGGCAGAGCUCUAUACAGCCGAGCGGAAGCGCGGUGCGGCGGGUGGAAAUCUGUCCUCGCAGUGCGUCCGAGCGGCCUGGGAGACCAGCUACCAGUGGAAGGCAGAGCGAGUGAUGGCCGAAGAGAACUGCUUUAAGGUAAUGUUUAUCCAGAACAAGGGCCAGGUCACCCUGACCAUCGAGCUUCUGGACACAGAGGAGGCCCAAGCUGAUGAUCCACUGGAUGUACAGUGUCUCUCAAACUACAUGGAGCAAUUUGUUGGGGUGGAAUCGUCCACGUGUUUGCAGGCUGAAGGAUACUACUUCAAACCAGUAUUCCUGCCCAGAAAUCUGAGGCAUUUCCGGCGCUGGCAGCUGAAGCAGGUGGAGGCUCUGCGGUGUCGGAGGGAGUGGAGGGGGCAACUUGGGGUGGAAAAUGCUGGAAGCCUCGACUGUCGCUUUAAACUCAGCACACACAAGAUGGUGUUCGUCAUGAACUCUGAGGAUUACAUGUACCGACGGGGGGCGCUACUGAAGGCCAGAAAGUCUCAGCAGGGUGUUGCGCGGUUGCAGCAUGAGCGGUUUGCGCAGUGGCACGGCACGUGGCAGAAAGAGCAUGUUUCAGCGUCGGCCGCCCGCGCAGUUCAAGCGUGGCUGCUGGGAGACAACCACGACGACCUGCUGCCCUGCAAGACCACCUGCACACCCACACAGGUCAAAGGUCAGCCCGUCAACAGGUACCAUGUGCACUACAGCAAAGCCCCAGCGUCACCGUAACACACUUCAGCAAACGCUCUGCUGCUCCGCCUCUCUUUCUCUCUCGCCCUCUCUCUCUCUUUCACCUCCCCUUCCUCUCUCUCUGGACACUGAAUGGUGUAGUGGAUGCACAUGGACGCUGGAUGACGGAACAAAGACUGCUUGGGGACGUGACGUGACCAUGCAAUCAAGCGAAAUGUGAAUGAAUAGCAAACUUUUUAAGAAAAAAAUUAUGAAAGUCCAUUGUAGUUUUUAGCUCAUACAGCCAGAAGGCCUUCUGUUUGUUUGUGUGUGUGUGUGUGUGUGUGUGUGUGUUUCUGUGUGUGUGUGCGUGUGUAUGAGUGAACAGAAGCCCUGUGGGAAGCGGUUUAAACAUAUCUUUAUUGAACUUGCGGUUUUUCAAGAGCAUAUAUAACAUGUUUGUGUAUCGCUGCUGUUGUACGAGAACUUCGCAAGUGUAUUUUCUUUAUUUUGUUUGCUGUUUGUUUACUGUUUGUUUGCUGGUCAUUUACAUGGUGUAAACAGAUUAUGAUAAGUGGACCAACAGAAACCCAGAGUCUAGACUGAAAUCCAAUAUGUUCAAAUUCAGAUUUUUAUUUCAGUAAUUUUUUUAAAAAAUUCUCGUAAAACUGCAGCGAUGCUCAUCCUAUAUCUGCACUUCUUCUCCAGUUGGGAAUGUUGAAUGAUGAUUAUGGAUUGAGAGAGUGAUGUCAUUGGUCUGAUGUUUGCUGGAAGCCUUGUUAUUUUGUCUUUCUUUUUGUUUAUUCUUUUACUUUUUUUUUCUUCUUCUUCUGGAACUGUACGAAGGAUUGCCAGUGGUGGCUGUGCACAGACUCACCAUUCUGAGUCCCUUUAUUUUAUUUUAAUAUUUUCAGUUUAUUUUUGUUCUGAAAUCAUGUAUCAUAUCGAUGACUUCGCCAAAUCUUUUGCUUUUUUUGUUUUGGUGUAAUUUUUACAUAUUAAAAACAGAAAAUGAUGAAAUAUCAGUGUUUUGAAAAGAAUGUAUAACAUUUAUCCUGUAUCAGUUAUCUACAAAUAAACAACCUAGUUGUGCAGUUCUUAAA